AUGUCGUUGAAGGACGUGUAUCAGAAGUUCCUUGCUUCCCCUAACUCGGCUUCCCUGGCGUCCGAUGUUUCCCUGAUCUAUAUCACCUCCACCACCGAGAUCAAUGGCGCCGAUAGAGUGAUCAAGCAUCUCUCCAGGCAGCAAGAACUCAAAAUCAAUUCCCAGACUGUCCUUGACACUGUACAAGGCUCCAACGCAUUGUGCCUGGACAUUGAGACUUCUCUGCAGUUCCUUACAGGAGGUGGAGCCUAUCUUCCUAACCUGGAUGAGACGUUCCUGUUUGAUCGCGUCGCAAAAUUCCCCACGAUCCAUAUCGUCCGAUUCAACGCCAAUAAUGAGAUCCAAAGCAUCAGAAUCUACUGGGACCAGGCCUCCCUGCUAAAACAGGUCGAGGUCAUUGGGAACCGCUCUCGUAACUGGCCCGUUCGUGACGCGGAUAAGCAGACUCGCCUGAUCAGAUUCGCUUCCGAAUCAGCACCAGCAGACAAUGGACCUCCCCCAGCAGCUCGACCUGAGCCUUCAUCCACUGGGAAAGACGAGGCCCACGAGGCCCCCGAGGCCCGUGAAGGCUCUCCCGGUAAAAAACACAUCAAGGACCCAUACGCCGCUGAGUCGCUAUUCGAGCUCCUCUCUCCCUGCAAAGAUCGCGGCGAGCCCGUACACCGUCCUCGUGCCCCUGCUUCUGCGCAGCCUCCACCUCGUGACUAUAAAGAGUUGUUUGUAGGUGAUGAGGGAAAUGACGACGCGCCCGAAACGCCCUCAAGAGCGCGUGCCAUCGCACCAAAGGUCGGCGCAGGCAAGCACUUCGCCCCGUCGCGCAUUUUCGAGCCUGAAGAGGUUGAGCCUUCUCCAGUCGUACCCAAGCUCGGUGCCGGUAGGCACUUCGCUCCCUCUCGCAUCUUCGGCGACGAUAACGAGACCGCCUCUCGAGAAAAGCCAGAGCAGAUCGCUUACCGCGCGCACCCCAAGCGAUUUGAACAUUUCGAGCUAGGUGGUGAUAACAGCAGCCGCGAGAUUAAGCCAACUACCUCGCGGCCUGGUUCCCGUCACGUCAAGAACUGGGACUUUGAAGAUUUUUCAACUCCCCCAAAGGCCAAACGCGGACCCCGUGGUGAAGAAGUCCGCCAUUUCGGCUGGAGCGACGACGAACCUGAGCAGGACACACCCCCAGCUAGGCCUCGCGUCGUACAACCCCGGCGUGACGCCGAGACUCAUUUCCAAAUCGCGGAUGGUGAAGAGCAAGGCAACAAGCGCAUUAUCCGGUCAUACGGCAACAAGGGCCUAGGCCUUUACAAGGACACUCUGUACGCUGAGGCAGAAGACCUCGAGGCCGAGGGAAGCGCCAAGCAGCAAGCCAGCAAGGAGCGUCCCCUCUCAGUUGUCCAAAACGGACCGAACCGCAAGAAGGAUUUUGAGAGCCACUGGGAUGACCCGGAGGCCACUGUAAGCCACGAGAACAAGAAGCCCACAGGCGAUAGAGUCAAGGCUGCUAAGGCAUUGGAGUCUUCGUGGCACUUUGAUAAGUCCCCUGAGCCAAGCAAGGAAUCGCGUCCUCCUCAGCGUCGGGUAUUGAAGAAUGUCAACCAGCGGAGCUGGGGAUUCGAGGACGAGGAGUAGAACCAGCUCGACGCGAUGGGAAAAAAAAAAAACCAUGACGUACCGGUACAGUGAACCUUGAAUGAUACUAACGGCUACUUACUUGGUCAAUGCCUGCAUGGAUCUAUGAUUAUCAGUGAUUUCAUUUUGUUCCUUCUCUUCUACUUCUUAGUUGGUGGCGGUCUACCUAUGUUUCCGGCGGCUUGUGUUUCUUUCUCCUGUACUAUUCUGUUCUAUUUCCCAGGUUCUAUUUCAAGUCUUUACGCAAGACUACCUUUUUCACUUCUUUUAUUCUUUGUACUUUGUUCUUCUUGUCCUGUUGUCGCGUUUAGUUGAACAUCAUACCCUG